CCCACCCAUUAAAGGCACCUUUCCUCAAUGAGUUAAUCGGUUUGUGCAUUGUCAUUCAGACUAUUUGCUCUUUGGAAUAAGCACUGUACUCUUGGAGUGGCUGCUUUUUAAGAAUUUCUGUGUCAUCUCUUUUGCUUGUUUGUGUACUUAAGUCUCCGCUAACUGGAGUUCUCAAACUUCCUUCCCAUGAGAUAAUUUGGCCAGGAUGCAUUCAUAUUAUUUUAACCUCCUCUUGUUAGGCUCACUUGAGUGUUUUCAGUGGCAGAACGUACCAUGAGUGACAGAUUGUCCACCUGGAAGCAAGAAGUCAGGCUGCUAGACCCAACUGAAGGACACCUGCUCCUGCCUUUGCCAAGGUGGCACUGCAUACUUCUCUAGCUCCUAAGGAGGACUCCUGUGCUGCCAGUCCAGAAGCAUUGUGUACCUCUUCUGUCUUCUCUCCUUGAUGCCUUUUUUCCUGGCUGAGGUGGCAGAUGUACCAAAACAACAUGUUCUAGAAGCCUGAAUGACUCAGUUUUAGGUGACCUCUGACUUGGUCCUGGAAGAUGGUGUUCCAGAAGCCACCAGACGGUGGAUGGGGCUGGGUGAUUGUACUUGUAUCCUUCUUCACCCAGUUCUUGUGCUAUGGAUCUCCUUUGGCUGUUGGAGUUCUGUAUCUAGAGUGGCUGGAUACAUUUGGAGAAGGAAAAGGAAAGACUGCAUGGGUUGGAUCUCUUGCAGGUGGAGUUGGACUACUUGCAAGUCCCAUAUGCAGUUCAUGUGUAUCUGCUUUUGGAGCAAGACUUGUGACCAUCUUCAGUGGCUUUAUGGUUGCUGGGGGCUUGAUGAUGAGCAGCUUUGCACCUAAUAUCUACUUCCUCCUUUGUUCCUAUGGAAUCAUUGUUGGACUUGGCUGUGGCUUACUGUAUACUGCAACAGUGACUAUCACAUGUCAGUAUUUUGACAAACGCAGAGGACUUGCACUUGGUCUAAUUUCAACAGGCUCCAGUGUUGGACUUUUUAUAUAUGCAGCAUUACAAAGAGAACUGAUUGAAUUAUAUGGACUGGAUGGGUGCUUGCUUAUUGUUGGUGCAUUGUCUCUAAACAUAUUAGCAUGUGGGAGUCUCAUGAGGCCUUUGCAGUCAAGUGGUUCUACCUUGCCAGACAAGCCCAGUGUUGAGAAGAGUCCAGAUCAAUACCUCAUUUAUAACGAAAAAGAAAAGAAUGUUUAUGAAGAAAACAUAAAGAUACUUGAAAAACCCACUAAUGAAGAAAAGAAUGUGAAUAAAAUAUCUUGUACCGAUUGUAAGCAGGAUGCUCUUACAAUCAGAAACAAACUAUCAUCAGUAACACCAAGAGAGAAAGACACAUACAAAAAGAAAGUUGCAGAACGGACAUAUUUCUGCAAACAGCUUGCCAAGAAGAAAUGGCACCUUUAUUUAGACUACUGGGAGGAAACACUGAGUCUUUUUAAGAACAAAGUAUUUUCAUCACUUUUUAUUGCCAUCUUCCUCUUUGACAUUGGUGGAUUUCCCCCUUCUAUGCUCAUGGAAGACAUUGCAAGAAGUUCAAAUAUCAGUGAAGAAGAAUGUAUCAUUCCUCUCAUUUCUAUCAUAGGCAUUAUGACUGCCAUUGGUAAACUUGUUCUAGGAAUUUUAGCAGAUUUUGUCUGGAUUAAUACUUUAUAUCUAUAUGUCUUGACUUUAAUAAUGACUGCAGUGGCACUGGUUUUGAUUCCUUUUGCCCAAAGUUAUAUUACAUUGGCAAUACUUUCAGGCAUUUUAGGCUUUCUGACGGGCAAUUGGUCAAUUUUCCCAUAUGUCACAACAAAGACAGUGGGAAUUGAGAAGUUAACACAUGCAUAUGGGAUACUGAUGUUUUUUGCUGGACUUGGAAACAGUCUUGGACCACCAAUUGUAGGUUGGUUUUAUGACUGGACAGAGUCUUAUGACAUAGCAUUUUACUUCAGUGGACUUUGUGUUCUGUUUGGAGGCCUCCUUUUGUUGGUGGCAGCACUGCCAUGUUGGAACAACACAGACAGUAGCAGUAAAUCUGAAAAGCCACUUCCAAACAUCUACUCCUACAAAGGUGCAUCCCUUGUGUAGGUGGCAUUAUGGAACAGCUGAUGCUCUUUCUCUUUUUUAUACUGCACAUCAAGGCAUUUUAGUAAUUUUUCCACUUAUUUAUGAUGUAACUUUUUAUACUUCUUUAAAAUGUUUGUAGCUUUGAUCAGAACCUCUUCCAUGGAGAAAUAAUCUGUUUCUGGCUAUGGCAGAUGAAACUCCUUCAGUACAAAAUGCCCUUUGCCUUACCAAUCACCAGAAAGCCCUGUUAUGGCACUUGAUUACAGCCUGUCCAGUUUAAAAUAUGCUCAGGAACAGUCAUGCAUAUGUGGAACACCUCUGGAAGGACUUUCCCGUGGGUUUUGGUGUUGGGGAUUUUACAGUACUCUCCAAUGUUGGAUGUCAGGUGGAGGCAUUUUCCAUAUUUAAUACUGAAACCCAUCAAGGGUUUCUGUGAAUGGAGAGAUUCUCUUGUGAAGCAUACAUACAAUGAGAUCUGAUCUGGAACCAGCGUUGUUCGCUCUUCUGUGACUUCCUUUUUCUUCCUAGUAGUUUCAUCAACUAAUUAUUUUUGUAAUGGAACAAAACCUAUUUUAUACAGACUUUUAUAUAAGCAAUUGCUUUUGCUUAUCUUUUGACAAAGAUGAUACUUCCUUCUAGCUUCAGAAAUCUUGAUAGCUCUGUAGGGAGACUUUUAAGGCAAUCUGAGCGUAUCAGUCUGAAUGUAAUACAAGAGUUUGGUGCUUCUUCCUAAUAGGAUAAAUGUUAUGUAAUGUUUUAAAGGUCUCAUAUGUUGUCAUGAGGAAGAUUUUGGUCACGUUACCUGUGAACUGCAAAAAUUAAGCUUCCAAAGGCCACACAAAAUGCUACACUCCAAAUGCUUUACCUGUCACAUCUUCAGACAUUUUUUUUAAAAACCUGUUAAACCAAAACUGAUAAAACCAAGGAAUAAAUGGAAG